GGAAAUACCUAGUGGUCGAAUUUAAAUCAAAAGAGGCAAAUUUUUCAUACGGCAACCAGUUCCGUUGAAAGGUGCACGAAUCCAUUGUAGCAAAAUGUUGCUUGGCACUGUGUUCCUUAUGUUGUUUCUUACUUGUGUUAACACUGCUCCAGACCCGCGCCAUACCCAGGUGACUCUCAUCCGUGACAGUUUACUUGGCUUCAACUUCGAGGGAGGAGACAAAAAAGCAUCGGGCACGCUUGACGGGACCAGAACCAUUGACAUUGAUUUACCCGACGAAGCUGCUGAUAAAGCACCAGAGAUAACUCUACUCGAGAACGUGAACUCCGGCGCAGGGAUUGCUUUGGGCGCCAACGUCGAUAUAGACGCCAUUAUUGUUGCGAAGGACAAGUUUCUUGCCGGGAAGUUUCCAUUCUGGAGAAAAAGAUAAAUUUGUGAAUUCUAUUUAAAUAAAAUCAAAAUCAACCUC